AUGACCAAGACACCGACAUAUCUACGACAACAAGGUGACGAAGACAACCAGAUAACAAGUAUUGACGAAAGGAAUGCGAGUAAGACAACCAGAUAUCUAAGACAACAAAAUUACAAGGAUUCCAAGGUUUCUAUGACAACACGUAACAAAGCAACCAAGGCAGUAGGAAAACAAGAUAUCUAUAACAACAAUAUAACUAAGAAAACAGCAUAUCUAUGA